AUGAUCCGUUUGAUUUUUCUCAGCUCGAUAUGGAUGAUUUCACUUAAAGCUGGACUUUUUGUGCAGAAAAACGAUUAUCGCUCUUACGAGGAUUUAAGCGGUUUGUGGACAUUUGUUCGAGAGGAGAGUAAUGGAGGGGAUGCAGGGAUACGGAAACGAUAUUAUGAGCAGGAUUUAUCAAAGCAUCAAAACGCUUCGGUGAUGCCUGUGCCUUGUGCAUUUAACGAUAUGAGCACCGAAGCUGCUUUACGAGAUCAUGUUGGAUGGGUUUGGUACCAGAAAAAGGAGUUUAUUUCAAUGAGAGAUAAAGGACAGCUCCUUUUCUUGCGAUUUGAGUCGGCUCAAUACUAUGCAAUUGUGUAUUUCAAUGCAAAAGAAAUUGGACAACAUAUAGGUGGACAUCUACCAUUCUCGUUCGACGUUACUCAACAUGUUCGUUUCGGCGCCGAGAAUGUGAUCACUGUAGCUGUGAAUAACACUCUUUCUUGGUCAACAAUCCCACAAGCUGAUUUCGUCUACAAAGCUAGCAAGAAAAAGCCAAUCACUUACAUUGAAGAUAUCACUAUUGUCGCUAAUCAUAUAGGGUCACUCUUUUGGAAGAUCAAGUUAAACGAAGAAUCGGAUGCGAAUGAAGUGGAUGUUGAGAUUCGUGUCCUUGAUGGAAAUGAAGAGAUCUAUUUCGCUAAAGGGGUUACAGGUAGUGGUAAUGUAAUGGACGUGAAGCCGUGGUGGCCGAGAGGGAUGGGUGAUCCAAAUCUUUACACGAUGAGGGUAAUCCUUCGUUCAUCCACUGACCAAAUCCUUGACUCCUACGAUGAGCAAUUCGGCUUUCGAUCAAUCACCUUUGACAAAGACAAAAUCUACAUCAACAAGAAGCCUUUCUAUUGUCUUGGAUUUGGGAUGCAUGAGGAUUUUGAUGUUCAUGGUCGAGGCUAUAAUCAAGCCGUGAUGACAAAGGAUUUGAAUCUUUUUGAGUGGAUGGGAGCCAAUUGCUACCGUACCUCUCACUAUCCAUACGCACAGGAGCGAAUUCGAGAGAGUGAUCGUCGCGGGAUCGCUGUCAUUUUGGAGACACCGGCUGUUGGUUUAAAGGUUUUCACAAAUUUCAACCUCAAACUGCAUCAACAGAUCGUCACCGAGAUGAUCGAGAGAGACAAAAAUCAUCCAUCGGUGAUCAUGUGGAGUAUCUCGAACGAGCCACAUACAGAGAAAGAUGAAGCCAGAGAGUAUUUCAGAUCACUAAUCGAUCUAGCUCAUAAAAUUGAUGCAACUCGGCCGGUCACUGUUGUUUACGGGCCAUCAUGGUGGAGUAAUGAUAAAACGGCAGAUCUUCUUGACAUCGUUUGCGUCAAUCGUUACUAUGGAUGGUACGAUGAUAUGGGCUAUUUGGAUACGAUAAAUCAAUCGGUUAUCUGGGACUACACGAAUUGGAGAGAGAAAUUCGGGAAACCGAUUCUCGUCACCGAAUAUGGAGCCGACAGUAUUGUUGGACUGAAUCAGUUCCCAUCAGUCGACUUCUCCGAGCAAUACCAGAAUGAUCUGGUGAAAGAGACGCAUAAAGCUUUUGAUUACUUGAGAGCCAACAAUGUAAUCACUGGGGAGAUGAUCUGGAACUUCGCUGAUUUCAUGACCUCAAUGACUGCUCUUCGCGCUGUCGGUAAUCAUAAAGGUGUUUUCACACGGAAUCGACAAGCCAAGAUGGCCGCCUAUACAUUGAGAGAUCGCUACCUCAAGCUGCUCAAACAGAAC